AUGAAGUUUGCAAUUUUUGCAGAAACUCGGGAAUCGCUUGCCUGUUGGUUUCUUUUUGGGAAUUUCCUUCGGCUUUUCUGUGGACGUUUCGAAUCAUCGUCAUCUCCCUCAGAUGGAUCUUCAUCAUCCUCUUCAGAUGAAUCCUCGUCAUCCUCCUCAGAUGGCUCCUCGUCAUCCUCCUCAUUUCGGCUUUCUGAGGUUUCUUCAUCUUCGGCAGCGUCUUCAGAAGAAUCCUCUGACGACUCUUCGGCAUCGUCUUCACUCUCUUCAUCUUCGUCGUCUUCGAACGCAUCGUCUGAUGGAUCCUCGUCAUCUUCCUCAUUUCGGCUCUUGGUGGUUUCCUCGGUAGAGUCUUGUUCGUUGUCUUCGGGGGCAUCUUCAUCGGACUCCUCUGAUAAUUCCUCAGCAUCGUCCUCGCUCGGGCUCUCCGUGGAUUCUUCGUCUUCGUCUUCUUCGGACGCAUCGUCUGAUGGAUCCUCAUCAUCCUCCUCAUUUCGGCUCUUGGUGGUUUCUUCGGCAGAGUCUUCUUCAAGUUCUUCAGCGGCAUCCUCAGAAGAAUCAUCUAGUGGUUCCUCGGCAUCCUCCUCGGUUGGGCUUUCUGCUGUCUCUUCAUCUUCAAGAGCGUCUGAUCUUUUAGCCCGUAAUUCGUUGGGAUUUUCAUGCCUCACUGAAAAUUUUACAUUAUCACCGAACCUAUGA